AUGGGGCGACCGCAGCAAUUCAAUGACGCCUCGGUCGCGAGCCGCAUUCAGGCAGAGCGCCAGGCCUUCAUCUCCAGCGUCAAGGACCGCGACGUCCUGCGCCUGGCGUCUUCGCACCACCCGUCGAAGCAGUCCUGCAGCUUCUUUCAGCCGGCAAUCUACGGCAGCUAUAAUAUCUGCUACUUUGUUGAGUUUGCGACGACGGACGAGAGAUGGACGGUCCGAAUACCGAUACGCCCAUGUUUUGCUCACGGCGGCCGAUCCAAGCUGACUUCGGAAGUGACGACGAUGAAAUACUUGGAAGCCCACACAGAUAUACCGAUACCGACCGUCCGGGCCUAUAAUCUGGACGGCGCAGACAGCUCUCUGUCUAUAUACCUGAUACUGGACUACGUCGAGGGUACCCAAUUGAGCUCCAUCAAUAUUCAAUCACUGGACAAGGAGAAGAAGAACCAGUUACAUAAAUCGCUGGCGAGAAUUGUACUUCAGCUGCGGAGACUUACCUUUCCGUCUUUCGGCACACUAUAUUGCUCGGAGAGCAACAAGCCCCGCGUCUCCAGCGGCAUCACGACCAAAGACAUCAACACCCAAGAGCUCAAGGGACUCGACCCACGGCGCAUACAGAAACAAUGCUACGGUGAGGGCGAUUCUCUACCGACCGCUUCAAACUAUACAGAGACGCUCAUACGCACGGCAUAUAAUGCUUUCUUCAAAGGCGCUGACAGCGUCGACCCGGACAUGAUUGACAGUAGCCUGUACCAUCUGGACCUCUUCCGCCAGCACGCCACCUUCUGGCUCGACCCGAAAAUCUCGCCUGUGCACUUUGUCCUUAGCCACGGCGACUUUACGCCGGAAAAUAUCCUGGUGGAUGAGCGCAGCAUGGCGAUCACGGCAGUGCUGGACUGGGGCUGGAGUCGCGUCGUGCCCGUGCAGUACUUCAUACCUCCUCUGUGGCUGAAACACACUGAAAUAUCAAAUCUGGCCUGGAAGCACACCUACGACGGCUACAUCUCGCAAGAGCUCAAUGCGUUCCUGUCCGUCGUCCGGGCGGAAGAGCGCAAAAAGUACAGGAGCAGCGCGCUCGCCGACCAGUGGGACCGGACAAAGCACGACGGCGGGUUCCUGAUUGCGCACGCCCUCGAGCACUGGCAAGACAUGGACGCGGUCGCGUUCCGGUACCUCAACACGCGCUACUAUGGCGGCACGUCGGGCCUGGAUGGACGCGUGGAGCGGUUCUUGCAGGAUGAUCCGCUGCGUGAGCUGGUCAUAGAUAUGAAGGAGAGGCAGGCCAAGGGCGAAGCGGCGCACGAGGAGGCGGAACAGACGGGGUCGAUGAGUGGGAGUGGUAGGUUGUGGCCGGGGCCAAAGGCGCUGCAGGGCAGUAUGAUGCUCCUCACUACGGGCGUGGGGUAUGGGCUAUGGAGGCUGGCGCUGGCAUCGGCGAGGCGGCCCCCAAGGAUAUAG